AUGUCCAACAAAGGGAUCCACAUCACUUCCCUCGUCAAAGAUAUUGGACACCCUUGGGCUUCUGGAGACCUUGUGAUAUUGUUACUCAACUGUUCUUUUGACAAUCCCUCAACUACUGCAGGCAUAUAUCUCAAACGCCUCGGCUCGGGCCGAUAUGCUCGAGUCCGAGGAAACGAGUUAGCUAAGGUCCACUCCGACUCUAAUACUACGCUAGCUUCUAUAUGCGGAAUCAAGAGCACCUCGGAUAUCACUAGGCUCUAUUUUGAAGAGCCUUGGACUACGACCGCAAGAGUGGUCGAGGAGUACCUUGAGGAAGAGAAAUCUCAAAUAGGAUCCGAAUCGGUCAAAAAACGCUAUCAAAAUGCCUUUUGUUUGAGACGAAACCUCCUCAAAAGUAGCGGACUGUUCUAUAGAUCCCAGCUUUGCCACAUGCUGAUUAGGGGUUCACACAAAACCUGGCGCUCUUUUCGAUUCGACGUCAAAGAAGACGAUGGCGACCUCGUCAUAAAGACAUACCCAAACUUCAAAGCAGGGUUGGUGUUUCAGUCUCUUGAACACGGAACAUCAUUUAUUCUCGUCCUGGAAACCAAAAUGAACAACGGAAAUUACGAAUAUGACGUUGGUUGGGCGCCCCUCCCUCUCGAUGAUGCGAUAGAGGGGUAUCAGAAGCUCCCCACAAUAGAAGAAUUUGUACAGACAAAGAUAAAGUUCCCAGCUCGUCAGACGACCCCAAGCAUCAAACUAUUGCUGUCUCCAGUCAAUAUACAUGGAAUUAAUAUGCAAAGCAUCGGAAUACCGCAACCGUCAUUCAUUGCAUUUCGUGGUCGAGUAUCUGAAAUUAUUUCUGAACCCAUCUAUCUGGUUUUAUUGCUUGUCUUCCUUGUCAGAAUAUUCAAUAUGUUUUUUUGA